AAUUACUGUUUUGGUUUCAACAUUAACACGUGUUAUUAACAUAAUUUAUCACUUUAAUUUAGUAAUUAAAAUGAAUAAAUCCGAUGAUGAAGAUGAUCAAAAACAAUCUGGACCGGUAGAAAACGCGUGGUCGUUAAAAAUACCACCAUUCAAAGCUGAAGAUAACCCUCAUGGAUUACUCGAAGAGAGUUCGUUUGCGACGGUUUUUCCCCAAUAUCGAGAGCAAUACUUAAAAGAGGUUUGGCCUUUAGUUCAAAAAACGCUAAAUGAACAUAAUAUUAAAGCUGAAUUAGAUUUAAUAGAAGGUAGCAUGACUGUUAAGACAACUAGAAAAACAUGGGAUCCUUAUAUGAUCAUAAAAGCUAGAGAUAUGAUUAAGUUGUUANCAAUAAUGUUCCAUAAUAGUAGACAUGGUUUCCAUUUUUGAAAUGUCUCCAAUUAACAAAUUUAGCGUAUGAGCAUUGCAUCCAUUAACAGAAAUAUGUUUGUACCUUUCAUGAAGUAUAUUUCUUGCUUUAACCAUUGCACUGGCAUUGUUGGUUACUAUAGCAAAGAAUUUUUCAGGACCAACAUCUCGCAAAAUUUCAUCGAUUUUUUCAGCAAUUACGCCUACUCCGCAUUUUUAACAUCUUAAUACAUGUUUCGUCAUUCUUGUGGCAUUUUUUAUAUAUUCAGCAGGC